ACAGUCACUUGUAUAGAGCCCUUUCACCCAAAACUCCAAAACCAUCCUCACCUUGGCAUCACUCAAGACCACCGAUCUUCCGGCCACUGGCGGAGCUGAGCAGGGAAGAGAAAAUUAUAGGUAAAAUGUCCAAAAUACCCUCAUUAAAACUAAGAAAUUACAACUAUACCUUAAACCAUAAAUCUCUCUUCUCUCUCUUCCAGAUGCAGUGUUCAUGUUUCUCUCCCUCUUGCCCUGCGACGAUCCUGAAACAGUGAAACUGUCCUGCCCUGCGAAGACGAUCUUGAACACGAUCCUCAAACUGUCUCGCCUCCGCCUUCAUUAGCUUCGCAUCGCGCGCUCCGUCUCGCCUCCGCCUCCGGCUCAGUUUUGCGUCUCGUCUCUCAUCCCUCGUCCAGUCGCCCUCGUCUCCGCCUUGGUUGGCCGUUCGUCAAAACUCAAAAGGGCUCGUAAGUUUUAUCAUAUGGACAAUUUACGCCAGCAGAAAAUUCAAAAGUAUGAAGAGUUUGUUGAUAAACGUUUGAAACCUGAUCUUCUUCAUGCUACUGCUCAGAGGGACAAGGUCUUUGAACAACAGAAAACUUUUGCUGAUUUGCGAAGAAACAUUGAAAACCUAGAGAAGAAUAGUGUAACCAGUCUAAGAACUUUGGUCAAUCUUGGGUCUGAGGUGUACGUGCAAGCAGAAGUGUCCAAUACGCAACACAUAUUUGUGGAUAUAGGUAUGGGAUUCCAUGUGGAGUUUACUUGGUCUGAAGCUUUAAACUUCAUAGAAAAAAGGGAAGAAAAGAUAGCCAGGCAGAUAGAGGAGUACACUCAAUUAAUUGCUUCAAUCAAAGCCCAAAUUAAGCUGGUUUGUGAAGGGAUUCGAGAAUUACUUGAAUUUCCAGCUGAAAAACCCGCACCAGAACGGAUAUUUUGAUAUUUACAGAGUACACAUCUAAUUGCUUAUGUUAGUAUUUUUCACCACAAUUGCGAAGAAGAAAUGUAGUUAUGUCUUAAAAAACUGGGAUGGAUAUUUAUCCAUUAUGAAUGAAAUUUUGCAUCUCUUAUUUUGCGUACUAAUUAAUAUUUGUGCAGGAUUGUUUAGUAGUUCAUGUAUCUUGUAACGAAUAUGCAAAUACACUAACAGAAACAUUAACAAAAACCCAAGUCUUUACUUCUA